UAGAAGUUUUUUAAAAAAAAAUUUGGAACCCAGUUUUGUGAGUGUCCUACCAUAUACUAUUUUACCUGACACUCUUAAUACAUGAACUACAGCUUUGUUAGAAUCUGAAGUUUUCACCUUUAUGUAUGAUGCCUCUGUUCGUUCUCUACAGAAAAAAAAAAAAAAAAAAGAUGCAGGACUUCUUCUGGGGAAACCACAGCUCUCUUACUCAGUUUAUUCUUCUAGGAUUCUCUAGCAAUACCAAGACAAAUGUUAUUCUCUUCAGUAUCUUUCUCUUCCUCUACCUCAUCACCCUUCUAGGCAACGGGCUCAUUAUCAUCCUGAUACGUAUGGACUCUCACCUUCACACACCCAUGUACUUUUUCCUCAGUGUCCUUUCCAUUCUGGACAUGGGGUAUGUCACCACCACCGUGCCCCAGAUGUUGGUGCAUCUGGUUUGCCAGAAGAAGAUCAUCUCCUAUAUUGGAUGUGUAGCUCAGAUGUACAUCUUCCUAAUGCUGGGCAUCACUGAGUCUUGGCUUUUUGCAAUCAUGACUUAUGACAGAUAUGUAGCCAUUUGCCAUCCUCUCAGAUAUAAGGUCAUUAUGAGUGCUUUGCUAUGUGGGUUAAUGGUAGCCUUCUGUGGAUUCUGGGGUAUUAGUUGUGCCCUGAUAUACACAGUCUCUACUAUGAUUCUUCCCUAUGGUGGUCCCAAUGAGAUAAAUCACUUCUUCUGUGAAGUGCCUGCCGUCUUGAAGUUGGCCUGUGCAGAUACAUCUCUCAAUGACAGAGUGGAUUUCAUCCUGGGUUUCCUCCUUCUGCUGGCCCCACUUUCCCUCAUCAUCAUUGUCUACAUCAAUAUCUUUGCUGCCAUCUUGAGGAUUCGCUCAGCCCAGGGGCAGCUCAAGGCUUUCUCCACCUGUGCCUUUCACAUCACUGUGGUCACUAUGUUCUCCGUACCAUGCAUGGUUAUGUACAUGAGACCUGGCUCUGCGGCCUCCCCAGAAGAGGACAAGAAGCUGGCUCUAUUCUAUAAUGUGAUCUCUGCCUUUCUGAACCCCAUCAUCUACAGCCUCAGGAACAAGGAUGUGAAACGGGCUUUUCUCAAAGUGACAGGGUGGGGAAAAGUGCCAGAAUAAAGUCACGAGAGCAUGGGCAGCACCAACGAAACCUGGGACACAGCCUACAUGACCUCUCCAUCCAAAUUUCUUCCAGUACCUAAAGGACUCUCAUGAAAGAU